AUUCAGUGAAACAAGCGUAUACACGCAUCUAUGAACCUACUUGGGCAGCACCCAAGUUUGAAUACAUUCAUGGAAGAGUCAUGGAACACAAUUAUCGAAUAAAUUUGAAAAAGUCUUUUCGGUUUUCUCUUUGUGGACGAUGCCACAAUGUUUUAGUCAAAGUGAAUCCCGUGAAGUUUGCAGUAGAUUAUAAAUUAUUUGUUAAAACAGCGGAUGGGGUUUCGUUACCUGCUAAAUGGUUCAAAGAAUCUGUAUCAACAGUUGAUGAAUUUCUUUUAUCCAUUCACGAUAAAAUUCUUUUGAUAACAAAGGAUAAUAAUAUUAUGCCAAAUGAAUACUCCGUGACAUUCAAAACGCAAAGAGAAACUGGCGCUGGCACCCAAUUGGUCGAUGAACAAGAUUUCAUAAAGUUCAAAUCUGAAUAUACAAAGUUAGCUGCUAGAAAAAGCGAUAUCGGGAUUUAUGUAACAAUUGUGCGACAAUCUACUCAAAACAAACGAAAAAAAAAGGAAUUGGAUUUAAGCGAAUGUGAAGAAGAUAAUGAAAGAUCAAACAAUUACAAAAACAAAAAUCAAGUCCCAAAUGUUUCGUCUUUGUCUUCACAUGAUAAAGAGAUUGCCGAAAAUGUGUUAAAAAUUAGAAAUGCAUAUCACUGUAAUGUGCAUAAUCGUCCCUGCAUAAAUAAAGAAAGCCACAAAGAUUUUCAUGUGGAAAUUACAUUUAUGAUGCUCUCGAUUUGGGCAUCUGAUAUGGUAUAUUAUAGUAACGGUAAUGUUUAUAACAAUUUAUACUGCUUAUAG